AUGGACGGCUCUAUGGCUUCUGGGAUUGACAAUGAGAAAGCAACUACAGACGUUGAUGACUCUAGAUGGGAGGCUUUUGAUAUUUCAUCUGCAGAAGAUGAAUAUGAAGUACCUUCGUCUGAUGAUGAUGAUAGCAUUUUUGGUGAUCCUGUAUCUGAGUCUGAUAAUAUGGACAUCGAUGAUGAAGACAUCAUAAGAGAGACAGAUGAUGAACCCACUUCUGAAAAUACGAGUGAUGUUGUUGUAAUCAGAAACAGUGAGCUUACCUACUAUGGGGAUUCUGAUUUGGAAGACUUUGCUUAUGAAGAGGAUAUUCCUGAGCAGUCGAAAUCAUUAGAAGGGGGGGUUUCACAGCUGUCAAAAUCUGAAUGCAAAAGCGAAGUGACAGGAAGUUCCCAGUUGGACCAUACUAAGCAGGAAGAUAAUAAGGAUCCAUAUGAUAUUGAUGCUGAAAUGAGCAGACAUGUGUCGUAUAACAGGAAAAAGGGUGUUUGGACUGCUCUGAGAUUUGACGACAAUCACAACCAUAAGCCUGCUACAGCUGAUCAAAUCGCUUUUAUGAGGUCUCAUAGAAAGAUCAAGGCUCAUCAGAAAUCUAGGAUCAUGUCACUGGGAGCUGCUGGGAUGAGAUUAUUCAACAUUAUGAGGACAUUUAUCAGUGACAAUGGAAAAUACAGCAUGGUAGGAUUUGUAAGAAAGGAUCUUUACAACAUGUCUUGCCGUGAAAAGAGGAAGAUGCUUGCAAAGGGUGACGCCAACACAACCAUUGGCAUUAUGGAGAAGAGGAAGCGAGAUGAUCCUGAAUUCUUUUUUGAUUACAAGCUUGGUAAAGGUGGAAAAUUGUUACACCUGUUCUGGUGUGAUUCUCAGUCUCGGCAGGACUAUGCCGACUUCGGUGACGUCUUUGGUGUUUGA